UAAAUCCCAGUCUUUUUACUUUUUCGCGGCGUUUCCCCCUCGCUUCUCGCGCUCCGCUUUCCCACCGCUUAAGCAACAAGCCCCGGCGCUCUUUGCGAAUCCACAGUCUAAACGCCUCUUCCCCUAGCCGCUCCAAACCCUAGAGAUCUGACGCCCUUGCAAAGCCUUAACCCCUCUCGUCUUCGCAAUCCACGGUUUCAGAUCCAUCCAGGGUUUCUCGUUCUCAAAUCUGGUUCUCUCCCAUUUUUUGGAAGCCAUCAUGUCGACAGAAUCGGCUUCGACAUCGAAUUCGAAUCCCUCGGCGUCGUCCCAGUACGCCUAUCCGACGCCUUCCUACUUCCCUCUCCCGUUCCAUCUUCAGAACCCCGAUCCCGCGACCCAGCAACCCUAUCUCCCUCAGCCCCAGAUCCCUCCGCCGGUCAAGAUGCCGCCGGUGCCAGUGUCUUUCCCGCCGGCAUACCCUGCCGCGUCUCCAGUGGUCUCCGGGGUCUAUUCGCUCCCUCAGUACCAGCAGGCACAACAACUUUUCCAACGGGAUGCUCAAACUAUUACACCAGAGGCUCUAGAAAGUGUGAAAGCUGCACUUGCAAGCAGCGAGGUUGAGCAUAAAGCUGAAACAAAAAAGAGAGCAAUACCUCGUAAAGCAGCUGGUCAAAGCUGGGAGGAUUCAACAUUGGCUGAAUGGCCCGAGAAUGAUUUUCGUUUAUUUUGUGGAGAUCUGGGCAAUGAAGUCAAUGAUGACGUCCUUUCAAAAGCAUUCUCAAGGUUUCCCUCCUUCAACAUGGCAAGAGUGGUGAGAGACAAGAGGACUGGAAAAACAAGAGGUUAUGGAUUUGUUAGUUUUGCAAACCCCUCAGACCUUGCAGCAGCAUUGAAAGAGAUGAAUGGCAAAUAUGUUGGAAAUCGACCUAUCAAAUUGCGUAAGAGCAAUUGGAAAGAGAGGACAGAUGUUGAGGCUUUGGAAAGGCAAAAGAACCACAUUCAGAAGAAGCCCAAACUGCCAAAGAAAAGUAUCCUGCACAAAUGAAGCUUCAAGGUUCCUGCCAAAUGAUUAGUCAGUAACCAAUGACUUCUCUGCACUGUAGGUCACUUAUCAAUAUUUUCAACUCCGAGAACUGUGUACCAUGUGGUCUCCAUGCAACGCCAACUGGUAGAACUACUUCAGAUAUGAAGCUAAAUCAUGCAUUUCUGAGAUGUCGUCCUUUAUUUAUCCAAGUUUUUUUUCCAAUCUCAUAGUUCUGUUGAUCUUCACCAACCACAUUAUCUUGGUCAGAGGUUAGCUGUUAGGAGGGAGAAGUAAAACCAAUACAGAUUGAAGUAGCUUAAGUUCUUUCUGUGUCCUUUGGAAAGGAUCUCCGCUAUACAUCAAACAAGUCUCUUCCUAUCCUGGGAGGCAAUCCUGAUGUUAAUUGUCACUUUAUAUCUUCUCUCUAGUCGAUUUUUCAUUUUUAAUUUGAAAUUGCCUUUUAGUUAAAUGAACCAGAACUUUCAUAUUUUUGAGUUAGCGUGGGUUGGUACGUAUGGGCAC